GUUGACGCGAGACUGCGGCAGGCGCGUCCACGAGCCGAGGUUUCCUCCAUCGGUCAUUUUGGCAAACUCCUACAAAACCGACUGCGACGUUCUUGCUCAAGCAACGCCCGCCCAAUUGCCGUGCAUCGACUCAAUCACGUUCUAUCAACCAAUUUCUGAAUCAAUCAACCUGUCCCCCGAUACUCGUCACCUGCGUCGGUCUACUAUCCCGUACUAAUUACGAAGCACGCGCAAAGAUGCCAGCCGGACGAAAGACGUUUGUCCUCAUCACGGGAUGCUCGCCUGGAGGCAUCGGUAGUGCCUUGGCUCUAGAGUUUCACAAGAGAGGCUGCCAUGUCAUCGCCACGGCCCGCAAUGUGAGCGUCCUCAAGUCCAUGGCCGAGAUGGGCAUGAGCGCCAUCCAGCUCGACGUCACAGACACGGCCAGCAUCGCAGCCUGCAAGGAGGAAGUGGCCAGGAUCACGAAUGGGAAGCUUGACAUUCUUAUCAACAACGCUGGCCGCACGCACACCCAUCCCGCUCUCGAUAUGGACCUCGACGACGUACGCGCCACGUACGAGGCCAACGUCUUUGGCCCUAUGCUCACCUGCCAGGCGUUCAUCAGCCUGCUCAUCGCCGCGCGGGGUCUCAUCAUCAACAUCUCAUCCGUGUCCACUGUCGUUCCAUACCUCUUUGGAGCCAUCUACUCGUCCACCAAAGGCGCAAUCAAUGUCUACUCACGCGCUUUGCGCCUGGAGUUGCUCCCCUUCAACGUCCGCGUCAUGGUCGCCAUGACGGGCACUGUCAAGAGUAACAUUACGAGCCACUUUGACCGCGUGUUGCCCCCGGACUCGCUGUACAAGCCCGUCGACGACAUGUUCAAGAAGAGGUUGACGUUCAGCCAGACCAACGCCACCAUGCCUACAGACGUGUACGCCCGGAAGCUCGUCACCGCUGCCCUCAAGGGCGAGGGCUGGUUCGGCGGCCGGUUCGGCGGCACGCGCAACGAAUUCUGGGCUGGAGGAAGGUCGAUGAUCGGGUGGAUUGCGACUCUCCUGCCCGGUUGGCUGAGCGAUCUCCUGACGGCGCGAUUUUUCGAUAUGGAGUUGAUGUCCCGGAGAAUCCAUGCGGCCGCUCGAGCUAAGAAAGACUAGGAGUCUUGAUGGAUUGCGAAUCUUUGAUGCAUUUCCAAACAAUACCCUCGCAAUGCUGAAUAUCAGGGAAUAAUGUAAGCUGCAGAUCAACAUAGAGGACAGAUGGAAACCUACGUCGCAGGAUUUGACACGAAGUCGGUGCAUGUUCUCGCAGGGCCACAUAAACUCGACCGACACUGCGUCUCGUCCACUCAUGUGCAACGCCGUUGCUGUCGCCCUACAUGGGCCGUCUGUCUCGACUGUUGUUCCGCCGCAGCCUGUCUGAACAGGACCGCUCCGGAGCCGGCGACCUCCGAUCAACUGAGUGAACACUUGACGACGUCAUCAAGGAGCACAUCGUCAGCUCGGCAGGCAAGAAGAGGUUAUUGACGUGUAAAUGCGACGGAAGCAGUCUGACAACAUCUUGCCGUGCUUGACGAAAAGAGAGCAAUCUCGUCGUCAGUGAAAUUCAGCCACCCGUGGAACACUCGGGGUCCCCGAGAACCCUCCGGGGGAUUCCUUUGGUGAAAUGGGUUCUAAGAGUGUUCCUUUGUGCAUACUUGACAUUUCGCGCCGAUACCCGACAGCGUCCGUUUUCCC